AUGUCAGCCUCCUUCAGAGCAGCAAUUGCUUACACCAACAGCACAAGGGAGUCGACGCACCUCGACACAGAUCCACUCUCGCCUGGUCUGCAUAACUUCUCUACUGGCUACAACAACCUCACAUACACGAUCUUCGGGACCGGUCCUUCACUCGUAAUAUGUCAAGUCCCUGGCUGGGGGAUUGGCCCAUCCUACCUUUCGAAUGGCCUAGCUCCUCUCCACGACUCAUUCAAGAUCCUCUAUUUCACUCCACGCGGCACACCGCCGUCCAGCCGUCCCCUUGAUACCUUAGAGAUGAGCUCGAAGCACAUGGUCGAUGAUCUUGAGAUUCUGCGUCAAUACCUCAAGCUGGGCAGUAUGCUCCUGCUGGGACAUUCCAAUGGUGGCAGCAUUGCAUUAGGGUAUGCUCAGCAGUAUCCUUCUCACGUAGAUAAGUUGGUGCUGCUUGACCACGAGCUGCAAGGGUUCGACGAUUCGGCUACAUAUAUCGAGUUUGCGAUGAAGAGAAAAGACGAUCCGGUGUACAGCGCUGCUCUGGAACGGCUACAAACAUUCAAAGCGGACACGGAUGAGAAGAUGCAAGAUGAAUUGAAUGGCAUUUUGCCGUUCUACUUCGCCAAUCCAACGAAAUUUGGGGCGAAGAUGCUAGAGACGAUGCAAAACAUGCCUUCUCCUUGGGGUCUGAAACAUCAACGUGCGGCCGACAGGAAGAGGCCUACUUACCUAGUUGACGAUCUGGACAACGUGACAGCCAAGACUUUGAUCGUGGUUGGCCGGGAAGAUCCCUUCUGCAGUGUGAAAGCUGCCGAGAAAGCGCACGCCGGCAUGGCCACAUCAUCGCGAGGCUGCCAGAUAGUCGAAUGA